AUGACUCCUAUAAGCUCUAAGGAACAUGAUCCCGAUCCCGACUUCGAAACCCAAUGGUCAAUAAUGCUAGUGGUCAGUCAAAGAUACCCAAUAUUUGAUAUUAAUCUCAAACAUUAUUUUGGAUCAUGGACGACAACUUGUACGAUUCAUGUACCUGCUGAUGCGGAAGAUUGGAAUGGAUAUUUUUUUCAUUUAGGAAAAAGAAUAUUAAAAGGAAUGAUGAACAGUGAUCCCCAGAAAUUACAUCCAUAA